AUGAAGAACCCAAUGCUCGAGGCGGCGUCCCUGCUGCUGGAGAAAUUGCUCCUCAUCUCCAACUUCAAGCUCUUCAGUUCGGGCGCCCCGGGCGAAGACAAGGCAAGGAGCAGUUUCCAGGACAUCACCUCCUGCGCGACGUCCUGGAGUGCCCCGAAGGUGCCCCGGGACCCACCUGGCAUCUACCUGGGCGACGGCGGAACCGUGUCGCCCCACAUGAUGCCCGACAUCCUCUUGGCUCUGACCAAGGACAGGAGGCUCACGCAGAAGGUGGUCUCCAACCAGCGUCUCAUCCUGGGCGUUAUUGGCAGGGUGGCUAGCAUCCGCGUGGACACUGUGGAUGACUUCGCCUACGGAGCCGAAAUCCUGGUCAAUCGCCUGGAUAAGUCCCUCAAGAAGAAGGCCCUCCUCAACGAAGAGGUGGCUCAGAGAGCGGAGAAGAUGCUGGGCACCACCCCCUACAGCCUGCUGUGGAACAACUGCGAGCACUUUGUGACUUACUGCAGAUUCGGCACCGCGGUCAGCCCCCAGGCAGACAAGUUUUGUGAGAAUUUGAAGAUAAUUAUUCGUGAUCAAAGAAGUGUUCUUGCUUCGGCACUCUUGGGAUUGGCGGCUAUAAUCUGCCUGGGCAUGGCAUCAUAUACUACUCUUCCUGCUAUUUUUAUUCCAUUCUGCUUAUGGAUGGCUGGCUAACUUCACAUCCUCAUGUCAGUGUGUGUAUUUUGUGUGUAAAUAUGUUUAUAUUUAUAGAGCACAAAUCAGUAUAAGCAUCGUCGAGAAAAAUGUGACCUGAAACAUUGUGUUCUGGAUAAAAAUGUGAUUAAGAAUCACACAAAGUGCUUACUGUGUAAGCCCAAGAACAAGGCUUUCUGAAUCUUCCUCAGGCAGUUACAUUUUAAAGCUCUGUGCAAAUCUUGGAAACCUGACAACUGUGAUAGACUUCAUCAUUACAAGAAAACCAGCCUCUAAGAUGAUGGCCACAGAAGAUGGUUUUUUUUUUUCUCUCCUGUAAUCACUGCUCUUCUCCGUUAGGCCAGAAUCUGAAGAUCAGAAGACUUAUUGAAUGAGGUCAUCAACUUUAUUCAUUGAAAAACUUAUAUUAAACUGAAAGAAUUUCCCUUGUUCAGAUGAAAACCUUUUUGAUGAUUGGC